AUGUUCAGUGCCAAAAGAAUAGAGUCUUUCGAGUACAUCCGAGUUGAGGAAAUGCAAGCUUUUGUCUCCCGCUUGUAUGAAUUAUCAAGGAAGCCGAUUAUACUAGUUGAGCAGCUUUUCCAUCUUACUCUCAGUUUCAUAUGCAAGAUAGUGUUGGGAAAUAACUACUUCGGUGUUUCUGGCGAUGAUCAGAUUGUAUCCAAUUCGAUAGUGAGCCUGCAAGAGUUUCAAGAGAUUAUAAAUGAGUUUUUCUUUCUGAAUGGAGUAUUCAAUAUUGGAGAUUGGAUACCUUGGCUAGACUUUUUGGAUUUGCAAGGCUACAAAAAGCGAAUGAAUGCUUUGAAGAAAAAGCUUGACCGGUUUCACGACCAUCUAGCUGAGGAUCCUGAUCUUGAUGUUAAGCUCACUUAUGAUCAUCUCAGGGGGUUCACGGUGGAAGAUUCAUGUGAAGAGAACAAAUUUUGGGUUGUUUCCAUUUGGCGCUGGGAGGAUGAUGUGCCCUGGCUACAACCUUGGAUUAAAGAUGAUUCAAUUGAGCUUAGAAACUUGUUGCGUGGCUUCGACUGGAAAUUGCCUGACGAUACUAAGGCAGAAAAUUUGAGUAUGGAGGAAGCUUAUGGAUUGACAACACCAAGGAAGUUCCCACUUGUUGCGGUCAUGGAGCCUCGUCUCCCUCUUCAUCUUUGUAAGAUAUGA